ACUGCGCAUGCUCACGGAGUGUCUGUUGGUGCUCUCUCCUUCACUCAGCUACACUGAGCAACGGUGCGAAAGUCUACACACUCCGUUGUAAAUUUAAGACAUGGAAGAGAAAGUGGGGAUUGUGGUGCUGCAGGAGGAGAAGACAGAAACGGGUGUGCAGGCAGAAAACAAAGAUGUCUGUGUGGCAUGUGAGCACCACGCCCCUGAGGGUCACGGAACAAUGGUUGUCCCCCCGGCGUACUCAGACUUGGGAAAAGCUGCCAAAGAUAUCUUCAACAAAGGCUACGGCUAUGGAGUUAUGAAGCUGGAUAUCAAGACCAAGUCUCAGAAUGGGAUUGAGUUUAUCUACUCGGGCUUCAGCAACACAGACACAGGGAAGUCAGGAGCCCACCUGGAGUCAAAGUGCAAAGUGAACAAUCUGGGUCUCAGUUUCAACCAGAAAUGGAUCUCAGACAACACUCUGUCCAUGGACAUCACCAUGGAGGACCAGCUGGCUACAGGGCUAAAGCUCGGAUUGGAUACAAUGUUUGUUUCCAGCACCGGCAAGAAGAGUGGCAAAGUGAAGAGCGGAUACAAGCGGAACCACAUGAACCUGGGUUGCGACCUGGACCUUGACAGAGCCGGUCCCACCGUCCACACGGCCGCUGUGCUGGCCUUCAGCGGCUGGGUCGGCGGCUACCAGAUGGUCUAUGAGACCGCCAAGUCUAAAACGACUAAAUACAGCGUUACCUUUGGAUACCAGGGCUCUGACUUCCAGGCGCACGCCCAUUUGAAUGACAGUACAGAGUUUGGGGCCUCCAUUUACCACAAGGCGAACAAGAACUUGGAGGCAGCAGUGAACCUGGCCUGGACAGCAGGAAGCAACAACACACGGUUUGGGAUUGGAACCAAAUACCAGCUGGACAAGGACUCCUCCCUGUCUGCAAAAGUCACCAAUGCCGGCGUCGUUGGGCUUGGAUACACACAUACCCUCAGGCCAGGAGUGAAUAUCACCCUCUCUGCGAUGAUCAAUGGGAAGAGCGUCAGCUCCGGCGGACACAAAGUCGGCAUGGCGUUCGAGGUGGAAGCGUAAACCAGAGAACGGAGAUGGGAAAGGAAAGAAACAAAACAGCCCCAAAUGUGACGACACUCAGCAACACGUGAACACAUCACCCCUCUGAGUCCAACACACACACACAUGCACAGAUACACGCUCUUUGGCCUUAACCCUGAUAACCUCCAAGACCGACAGUACUGUAACUGUCACCCAGUCCUAAUUUAUUUUUACAUUUUAGUAUAUCUAUGACUUUCAACACAAACCUAAGAGUGUAUUUUAUCAGUAUGCAGCAAAACAAUACGAUUAACAAAUAAAAGUGCACUUUUAACUUGAGCAUUUGUGUUUCAGAUAAGACGCACGUUCUGAGGCAUCUUUUCAAUUUAACUGUCUGGUUGGUUUAGUUACGUUCAACUGGAUUAUGGUAGGAUUAACACAGGCUGCUUGUUUGGAGUGUUGUGGUUUUGUUGCAUGAUUUUAAGACUUUUGUGAAAGUUUGUGCAAAACAGAUGCAAUAAAAACCGGAGAGAAAGAUAAAACCUCCUUCUCAGCCUGAGAAACUGACUUUGAUUCUUCCUCCUGACCUCAGUAGCAAACUGUAAAUCCUCAGCUGCCUAGAUGUCUGUUUUUCAGAUCUUAUUUGGUUAAAAAAAAACAAAUGGGAUUGAUUGAUAUUUGGAUUUCCGUGUCAACUCAUCCUGUCAUGUUUCAGCCUUUGUCACAUUUCACAACUGUACUGUGGAAGUAUAGGAAGUGUCGUUAACAUGUAGAACCUCAAAGUAAUUUUAUCGAAUGAGUGAAAUAAAAAAUGUCAAACACCACAA